AUGACAAAGGGGAACAGUGGCUCCAGCAACGGCUACACCUACACCGGUAGCGGGACGAACUCUCAGGGUAACCACUACUGUUCCCGCGACUACGGAAAUGGCUCUAACGCUUAUCAUUACUCCAACUCGAACGGGAGUUACUACUACAGCAAUCCCAAUGGUUCCACCUAUUACAACAGUGGCAGUGGCUACUCGCAGUACACCUCGCCGAACGGCCAAGUCUCCAAGUCCAACAGCAAGUGAAUGAAGCAAUGUCUUGGUGUGGGCGUCCGAUGAUUCCAUCAAUGCGGCGCAGUGGCAGCCGCUCAAUGUUUAUGUAUAACUGACGGGUGUGGCCCUCGUUCUGUACAUUAUUCCGUAAAUUAUGUCCGUCGUCGUUGACUCAGCUUUCUGUCUUUGUCCAAGCACC